AUGCUGUUGCGCCCGGGGGACCGGAGAGCCGCCUCGACCGCGCUGCCUGACCGAGUACCGAGCUGCGAGCUCCGAGGCCCGAACACCGAGCCCCGAGAAGCAAGCCCGAGAGUCGCGGCUGGCACAGACACCAGACGACGCGGUCGCUUACCGGAGACCGGACAACGGAAAAAGUACAACGAACAACAAACAACGAACAACGAUCAAUAA